UUCCACAUUUUCUAUCAUCAAACAUCACAUAUUUUACGCAGCAACCAAUGAUCUAUCAGCAGAACUAUUUCACCACUUUCAUGCCUCUACACAAGAAGCUAUGGAGGAGUUUGUACUGUUUGACUUCACCAAACUACCGAACUUGCAUGGGUGGUCAGAAAUGUCAGAUGUUGUGAGGGAAGUAGGCAUGUCUAAGGCAGUAUUGGUUCUGCAGAAGACACAGAGGUUCCAGCGAGGAGUGCUCUUCACUAUGCUCAAUCCUCAGCCCAAUGGGGCAGGGUUUGCUGGGUUCCGGACUGAUACAGAGUUAGACCUGAGUGACUACAACACUCUCCGGCUCCACUGUCGAGGUCAGGGUGAGAACUACGGAUAUAAAGUUGUGCUGAGGCAUAAAAAUGAGAACACUGAACCGUUCCCUUCCUAUGAACAGAUGUUUCAGGCACCUAACAGAAAGUUUGAGACUGUGGACCUGCCUCUGGCCGGAUUUGAACCGUAUUAUCGUGGCAAGAAGCAGAAUCAGUCGGCCCCGCUAGACAAAAGUCAGAUCACCAACUUCGAGUUCCAGAUCUACGGUGGGGUCUAUCUCCCGGUGAAGCAGGCAGGGACCUCCUCCCUGGAGAUUGACUGGGUCAAGGCGGUCCCUUAGUCCCUCUUCAUAUACCAAUCUCUGUAACACUCUUUUGUGAUGAAAUUGGAAUAAAUGUUAACGUUUAUUGCUCAAUCAACCAGUGAAGAGUGAAAAGCAAAACACUAUUAAUAGUAACAGGUAUGUUUUCGGGGAUAAAUAGGUCUUAUUACAAGGUAGGAAUAUGCCACACACGUCGCGAAACAGGCUUUGCUGAGGUUGCAUGCAAAAUUUCAGAUCUGUAAUUCAUUUCAUUCUAUGUCCUGCUGGCAGAUAGAGAAAUAUACAAACAUACAGAAAAGAAAUUUAUACAAAGAUUACGCUCAGCCAAAUUCCACAAUUCCAUUCUGGUUGGACUUGCACCAUACUAAUAUUGAACAGUAAAUUUUACACCGUCUGUAUAGAUAAACUUAAAUUGUACUGACAUUUUCAAUGGAUAUAGUUCAAUUACAUAAAUAUGUUGGAGAACUUAAGGUAUAAAAACAGUUACACAGGCCUGCUGGUACUACAAUUGCGUUCACUUAAGAAUGAUUUAUUACUUAUUUUUCAUAAUAGAACUCAUUUUACGAAUUGUUUCAUCCAAAAUACAAAAUCUACAAUGAAGUCUCUAUUGGGAUAUCUUGCCACAUGAAAUAUUUACAUUUGUGUUCGUAAAGUUAGGUUUCAUAGCAGUGUUCAAUAAUAAAAGAUCCAGAUGAGCUAGGGAGGGUACUACAAUGCAAGAGUUUGCUGAAAUCAAAUCUUUUCACCAUCCUAUAACAUUAAAUUUCCAUUGUAUUGUACAUAAGACCAAUGUAAAAAUAUACAAUAACGGUCAGCGUAAACACAUGGAGUAAUAUGAACCAUCAUUGAACUCAGUGUUACUUUUAUAGAAAUGAAGCUGAGCAAAAUUUCAUGACUAUAAGUCAGUUCGUUUUUAAAAUAUUGUGAGGAAAUAUAGACACAUAGACAGCAGAAAUUAUAUUUUCUAACCUGAGUAAUAGGCUUUGCUGAAGCUCAGCGAAUUAAAUUUUUAGCAUCCAUCCAAAUUUCUGUUAUCUACUGGUAGAGUAGGUAAGCUUUUUAAAAUUAUUUAGCAUCAUUACAUCUAAGAGGCCAACUGCUUUAUUGAGACCAUAAAAAAAUGUACUCUAAGUAUAGGUUUCUCUAAAAACUCAAUACUAUCUACGUUAUAAAUAUUAUUAUAAACUGUAUUUAUUAUUUUCUAGUGGAUAAGUCCUUUGCAUCUGAAUAGUUGUAAUAUGGUUCUGAUUUACAAAAAAAAUAUCUUAAUUUCUCUUCUCAUUAAAAUGAAGUUUGUUAUUGACAAUUUUUUUGUCCCAUAAAUGUCCAAUAUAAUAUCCAUAAAUGGACCAUAACAUCCUUGAAUGUGUUGCCAUUUGAAAAUGUGCCAUUAAAUGCUUUUCCCCAUUUAGGGAAGUGAACAAUUACUGCUUAAAAAUAAACCUCUGGAACUUUAAUGAGUACUUCUUAAAUCCGCUUUAAAUUUUAGGUAUAACUUGGUUCCUAAACAACUAAUUUCCUAUAAACUAUUAUUUUAUUGGGUUUUUGUACAGUUCCAUUUUUAUAGCAUGAAAUUUUGUUGAUGUACCUUAAUGCAGUUUUCCCAAAUUUUAGGAUUUAAAACUUUUUAAUUGUUUUCAAGCAUAAUAGAGUUUAUAUUUUUGUACUGUAAUUUCAUGUGCUAUAUUAUGUAAUAAAAAGCUUGUUAAGUUUU